AUGCCGGAGACGGCCGUCGGAGGAGUGAUGAUGCUGAACCGGCGGCGGAGCAAAGCCAGGCGGAGAAAGCGAAAGGAGUUGUUCGCCUUCCAGAUGUGCUUUGCGGGGGUCCUGCUGGGGCUCGUCGUGGGGUUCCAGAGCUUGGCACAGAAAGCAGGAUAUCACGUUUCCAGCUCUGUGGUGGUGGAAGAGGCCAGGUGGGAGAGUCGUCACCUUCUGCAGGAAGUCUACGACAACGAGUCCAGGCUCUACUCCGAACCUGAAAAAAACUGCACCGAACCAGCGAUCCAUGAGUUCCCCAGGGAUUACUUCACCAACAAGGAGCGCGUUGAUGGAGCGGUGGGCCUGCAUGUCCUCUGUGCAGUCUACAUGUUCUAUGCCUUGGCCUUAGUGUGUGACGACUACUUUGUCCCCUCACUGGACAAGAUAUGUGAGCGUCUUCAUCUGAGUGAGGAUGUUGCAGGAGCGACCUUCAUGGCAGCAGGCAGUUCAGCUCCAGAACUGUUCACCUCUGUCAUUGGAGUGUUCAUCACUAAAGGAGACGUCGGGGUCGGCACCAUCGUUGGUUCGGCCGUCUUUAACAUUCUCUGUAUUAUUGGAGUGUGUGGGAUAUUCGCCGUACAGGUCAUCCGUCUAUCCUGCUGGCCUCUGCUCAGAGACUCUGUCUACUACACUCUAUCUAUCACUGCUCUGAUAGUGUUCAUAUAUGAUGAAAAAGUGGUUUGGUGGGAAGCUCUCACAUUGAUUCUGAUGUAUUUCGUCUACAUUUUGAUCAUGAAGAUGAACUCCUACGUGGUUCGUUUUCUGGAGAGGCGGAAGAAGAACUCGGCCAGUUUGAGGAACGGAGCAGCUAAUAAUGCUGAACUGGACGAUGGCUGUGAUGCUACUGCUGUUCUACUGAAGAAAGCAAACCACCACAGGAAGCCGUCGGUGCUGAUGGUGGAUGAACUUCUGUCAGCUUACCCCCACCAGCUGUCCUUCUCUGAGGCCGGCAUGAGGAUCAUGAUCACGAGCCACUUCUCCCCGAGAACCCGCCUCACCAUGGCCUCACGCAUGCUCAUCACUGAGAGGCAGCGUCUCAUCAACACGCGGACUUUGACCAACGGUGACUCUGACGUCCCGGUGAAAGGAGGGAGCAGGCGAGGAAUAGAAAACGGGCUGUCCGGAGCGGAGAGGGGCGCCAACAUUCAUCGCGACGAGCGCGAGGCGGGCAACGAGACGGAGAACGAGGACAACGAGAACAACGAGAACGAUGAAGAAGAAGAAGAAGAGGAUGGAGAGGGACCAUUUGUACCCUUCCAGUGCCCAGCUGGUGUGUGUAAUAAGCUGAAGUGGCUGCUGGCUUGGCCUCUGUGCCUGCUGCUGUACUUCACCGUGCCCAACUGCUCCACGCCUCGCUGGGAGAACUGUUUCAUGCUGUCCUUCGUCGCCUCCACCCUGUGGAUUGCCGGCUUCUCCUACAUCAUGGUCUGGAUGGUAACAGUGAUUGGCUUCACACUCGGUAUACCAGAUGUCAUCAUGGGCAUCACCUUCCUGGCAGCCGGCACCAGCGUCCCUGACUGCAUGGCCAGCCUCAUAGUCGCACGACAAGGAAUGGGAGACAUGGCAGUGUCCAACUCCAUUGGCAGCAACGUGUUUGACAUCUUGGUGGGGCUCGGUCUCCCCUGGGCCCUAAAGACUCUGGCUAUCAACUAUGGCUCUGAUAUCAAACUAAACAGCAAAGGACUGAUCUUCUCUGUGGGACUCCUGCUGGCGUCUGUGUUUAUAACGGUCAUGGGAGUCCACCUCAACAAGUGGACAUUGGACAAGCGUCUGGGUUACGUGUGUCUCCUCCUCUACUCUGUCUUCGUGUGCUUCUCCUGCCUCAUCGAGUACAACAUUUUCACCUUUGUCAACCUGCCAACCUGUCGGGAUGACUGA